UUGGGCGGCGUGAUCUCGCCGCGGUUCCGCGGCCCUGCCGCCGCCGCCGCCGCUAGCUGAGCGCACCGGGCGGGCCGGGCGAGUGGCCAUGGCGGGCGCCGAGGACGGGCCCGGUCAGCAGCCGGAGCUCGAUGAGGACGAGGCGGCGUAUUGCCGGCGCUGGGGCGCGCAGCACGCCGGGGCCCGCGAACUGGCCGCGCUCUACUCUCCAGGCAAGCGCUUCCAGGAGUGGUGCUGUGUGAUCUUGUGCUUCAGCCUCAUUGCCCACAACUUGGUCCACCUUCUGCUGCUGGCCCGCUGGGAGCACACGCCCCUCGUCAUGCUGGGUGUCAUUGCAGGCGCUCUCAUUGCUGACUUCUUGUCUGGCUUGGUGCACUGGGGAGCUGACACUUGGGGCUCCGUGGAGCUGCCCAUCGUGGGGAAGGCUUUUAUCCGACCCUUCCGCGAGCAUCACAUCGACCCCACAGCCAUCACGCGACACGACUUCAUCGAGACCAAUGGGGACAACUGCCUGGUGACACUGCUGCCUCUGCUGAACAUGGCCUACAAGUUCCGCACCCAGAGCCCGGAAGCACUGGAGCACCUGUACCCCUGGGAGUGCUUCGUCUUCUGCCUGACCAUCUUCGGCACGUUCACCAACCAGAUCCACAAGUGGUCGCACACGUACUUCGGGCUGCCACGCUGGGUCACCCUCCUGCAGGACUGGCACGUGAUCCUGCCACGCAAACACCAUCGCAUCCACCACGUGUCACCCCACGAGACCUACUUCUGCAUCACCACAGGCUGGCUCAACUACCCUCUGGAGAAGAUAGGCUUCUGGAGACGCCUAGAAGACCUCAUCCAGGGCCUGACCGGCGAGAAGCCUCGGGCCGAUGACAUGAAAUGGGCCCAGAAGAUCAAAUAACUACUCCGAGCCUGCCACCUUGUUGCCAACCCUCCCUAGCCCCCUAAGCCGAAGCCAUCUGCCAAAUUCCAGCCUCCUCGUGCUGGCCCCUCCAGAUGGAGAGGACGCCUCCUGGGCUGGGCCCGGGCACCCCCAGCCCACCCCUCGUGACACAGAAUACUUGAGCCACUGAUUUUUCAUUUCCUUUUUUUCAUUUUCUCUCCUUGGCCCCUCCCCAGCCACCUGAGCUGCUGUCUCUAAGCCUGACUCUGCAGAAAAAGGAGCCCCGCCCUGCCAGCCAUUCCUUGGGUAGAGGAGAAGCUCACCCACUCCCUGCGCUCCUACAGCCCCCCCCCCCCCCCACUGGGCAGCCCUUCAGCGUGGCUGGCGUUGGGGCCACUGAGUCGUCUUAUCUGUCUCUCAUUUGUCCCCAGUGGUCUAGGAGCCCCCAGGCACACCUAAGUGUCCCCGGAGCAUUUGCCCUGCCAUGGCCCUGUGGACUGACCCCGAAGACCUGGGUGGGUGGACAGCCCCAGGCACCACCUUCAGCCUAGCCUGUCCACCCAAGAGUGGCAAAGUGCAGCAAGGGUCUGAGGGCAGCCGGCCAGAAGAGGCAGGAAUCCCCUGCCCAAGUCUGGAACCCCUUCUCCCCUGCCCGUCCCCCACCUGCCCACGUGAUUCCAGCCAGAGCUGAUACUUCUAAUCAGAGGAUGUCUUCACAGAGUGCAGCCCCUGCAACGGGUCUUGGUCAUUUGGAAGGGGACACGGUGUCCCCUCUGGCUAGGGGAAUGUCAGAGAAGGAAGAAUUGGGCUGUUUUGUUUUGGUUUUUUUUUUUUUUUUUUU